GGUAUACGACAGUUGUCUGUACACGAAUGUGCCGCCGCGCAAGCGCAAUGUCGUGACGUGACGUAAUUGUCCAUUCAUACUUUUUGUUCAUUCAUUUAGACUAAAUAUCUUAUUGACGAAGUGUUGUGAUAAUCAAGAUACUAUAUGAGACAUUAAACUACAUUAACUUGUGUUUUUACUGAUUCAAUUCAUGGUUGUGAAGUGAAAUCUGUGUAAUAAAUUUCCAAAAAGUGCAUUCAUUGAUGAAUUGGAGUGCAUGUAUCAAGCACAUGCGCAAUGCAAGUAUGAAUUCAUUCGAUUUCAAUUGCAUUGAAAACCGUCAUUUAUAUUUGGAGUUUUUAAAUCAAAACGUACGUUUUCACAUGUUCGGGUUUUAACUGUCCAGUUAACUCUAACUUGUUGAAAACAGGCUCAAGUAGAACAUUACGACACUCCGGAAGUGGCGGGACAAGCCGGCCGAGGGGCUCGUUCCGAAAGAGAUAACAGCGGAUGAAAGAGAUAAACAGUUAUGGAUUUAACAUGGCGGACGAAACGCGUAAAGUGCGAGUUGAAGAAAGAUUAAAAAUAAAGAUCGGUGAAGCAAAGAACUUGCCAGCUCGCAACAAUGGCGCGGCCUGCCAUCGAGACAUAUACUGUGUGCUGUCACUUGAUCAAGAAGAAAUAUUUCGCACGUCCACCAUGGAGAGAACACUUAAGAUAAUACGCCGUCCCUUUGUUAUACAAAGCAGAAGGCCGAGCGGCUUGAUGCUAACCACCAAGAACGGCCAGUGCGACCCCUUCGCUCUCGUCACACUACUCUACUCCAACGGACGGAGGGUCGAGAAGCGCACCAAGCCCAGAAAGAAAACCGUCAAUCCGCAGUUUGACGAAAUUUUCAGUUUUGAUCUCGUUAUGGAGGCUGACCCAAAGGACAGAGAUGGAUCUCAAUCGGCAGGCGUGGCGUGCGAGGCGCGCGUGUCGGUGUGGCACGACGGGGCCACGCCCGUCUUCCUCGGCGAGGUGCGGCUGCAGCUGCGCCAGCCUGAACCCUCGCCUAUGUGCGCCUGGUUCUUCCUGACGUCGCGUGCGGGCGGGGCGCUGUCGCGCGGCGCCACGCCCCCCGGCACGCGGCUGUCGGCGGCGGGCAGCGCCACGCUGGGCUCGCUGCGGCUGCUGCUGCAGUACACCGUCGACCAUGUCUUCCCCAUACACCACUACCGUCAACUGGAGGAACUCUUCCUAAGGAGUGUGCACCAGAAGCCAAUAACAGCGUCCGCCGUGUACAUCUUAGGAGAGAUAGUAUCGAGUAAGACGGACGCCGCGCAGCCGCUGGUGAGGCUGUUCACACACCACGAUCUCAUUGUACCCAUCGUUAAGGAGCUCGCGGAUGCUGAGAUUUCUGUACUCACCGACGCGACGACGAUAUUCCGCGGCAACACGCUGGUGUCGAAGAUGAUGGACGAGGCGAUGCGGCUGAGCGGCGCGUCGUACCUGCGCGUGUUCGGUGCGAUAACAUCGUCGUACGGCACGUGCCCGGCGGUGAUGUGCCGGCUGUUCGACGCGCUGCGGCAGUGUGCGGCGAGACACUUCCCAGCCAACGCGGAGGUGCGCUAUUCCGUCGUCUCCGGGUUCAUCUUCCUCCGGUUCUUCGCGCCCGCCAUACUCGGCCCCAGGCUCUUCGAUCUCACCACUGAACAGAUUGACCCGCAAACGAACCGCACUUUGACGCUGAUCUCCAAGACGAUCCAGUCUCUUGGCAACCUGGUGAGCAGCCGCUCUGCGCAGCAGGUCUGCAAGGAGGAGUACAUGGCGGAACUGUACCGCAGCUUCUGCACACCCAGACACGUGCAAGCAAUCAAGCAGUUUCUCGAAAUAAUCUCCACAAGUUCGGACACACAGAACAACAAUAUCCAGGAGUCUCCUGUCCUACUCAAAGAAGGGACGAUGAUAAAGCGGUCGGAGAGCGCGCGCGCGGGCGCCGGCUCGCCGCGGCGUCGCUGGACGCGCGCCGCGCACGCGCACUCCAAGCGGAGACACUUCAGGCUCACCAGCGGGGAGCUGACGUGGUCGCGCAGCGGGGCGAAGGCGCCGGCGCACCGGCUGCCGCUGGCGGGCGUGCUGGCCGUCGCCGCGCUCGACUGCCCGCCCGCCGGCGCCCCGCUCGGCGCCAACAAUAUCUUCCAAAUUGUGCACCGCGAGCGCGUGCUGCUGCUGCAGGCCAACAACUGCGUGGAGCGCGCCGAGUGGGUGCGGCUGCUGGGCGCGCUGUGCCGCCGCGCCGCGCCCGCCGCCCCGCACGCCGGCUACUACGCCGGCGACACCUGGACAUGUUGCGGUCGUGCGGAGGCGGAGGCGGAGGGCUGCGUGGGUGCGGCGGGAGUGGGGGGUGGUGUGGGCGAGGGCUAUGCGGAGGAGCGCGGGCGCGGCGCGGCGGCGGCGCUCGCGCUGCGCCUCGACCCCGCGCGCGACCUGCAGCGCCUGCACGCACUGCUGGUGGCGCACGCGCAGCGCCUCGACGAGCGCCGCCAUCGCCCGCACGAUGGCGCAACGCUGGAAGAACGCGAGGCGGAGGCGUCCACGUUGUGUGAACUGCAGAAAACAAUAUUCGACCUGGAGCACCAGCAUCGCAUUUACAGGCGGUCUCUCGCUAGGGAGACCAAAUAUGGCAGCAAACAAGCACCGAUAGGAGACGACAACUACCUGCACCUGGCGGGCGCGGCGGCGGCGAGCGCGGAGGGCGGCUCCUUCUUCUGGCGUACGUGGAGGUGCGAGAUGUCGCCCACCGUCGACCUCGACGGCAAGACGCUGCCGCUGCAACAGACCUCCAUCGACAUCGGCUCCAGCACGGAGUCCCUCAAGCUGGCGCGCCUCGCCGACGAGCGCUCCUCCGGCAAGUCCAACAAGUCCACGGGCAGCGGCUACCUCACCAUGUCCUGCCUCAAACACGAACCCUCCGAAGACAGCGACGCGUCCACCGAAAGGCCUGCGCGGCCGCCCAAGCCGGCGCGGCUCUCCCCCAUGCGAACCACCUUCUCCGCACCGCCCGCCCUCUGCGAGUAUGUCGACGUCGAGCUUGAGCCCCCGCGGAGAGGGCCCAAGCCUGACCUCGCACCCAGGCGGCCCGACCUAGACGUCUCCAAUCGGUGCAAAGAGUACGAGCUGAUGGCGAACUUCAUGAGCCACGCGCAGCCCUCGGACGAGGACGCCCCGCCCGCGGUGCCUCCGCGAGGCAACACCGCCGCCAGGAACAGACUGCUACCAAAACCGGACGUCGAACUCCGGCGGUCCCGAGAGCGAUCCACCCUCGUGCCCGUCACCGGCGGCUCCUGUCACAGCUUGUCCUGCGAGGGAGCCCGGGAAGGCCGCGAGAGCCCCGCGGAGGCCAGGCCGCUCUGCAAACUCGACACCGUCUCCAACGACGACAGCCUCCUUGCCGAACUGCAACGUGACACCUACUGCGUGUUGAAAGUGUGCGAGGACGAGGGACAGGAGCGCGAGACGAGCGAAUUGGAAUCCGAGGGCUCGAUAGAUCGCAAGGAAAAAGAGGACUUUGGAAUGUUUUCAAGAAUAAGUAUACAGAGGAAGUCGAAUCCUAUAAAGACACAGCCGACCUCCAUAAAGCCCCUAAAAACGUCGAGCUCGACGUCGAACGUCCACGACGCCGGCACAAACACGUCGCGACCCUUUACCGAAAGAUUGACGCCGUUUUUCUUGAAGAAGAAACCGAAACCGCCGGACGAGUCGCAGGCGGCUAAAGGUGUGCGCAAAGAGGACAACCUUAUAGGCAGACUGACGCCGCGGUUCGGCCAGUCUCGGUUGUACGGGCGGGGUCAGUCGCUCGAACUAGCCCCGCCUGAAAACCGUAACAAGCGUAUAGAGCGCUCCGCCACCACGGUCAAUAUACAAACGAGACCGAUCAAUUCCUCAAUAGUGGCAAGCUUUAAGUUCCUCAGCCUGCACAGGUACGGGCCGCAGGAGGACGUCCAGUGUCGCACGUUCGUUCGCAACGAGGACGGCGAACAUCUUACGCCGAAAGCUGAAGCCCCGACGGGCGCCGUGGCGCGAGAGUCGUCCAGGGAGGGCGGCGAGAUGGAGUAUAUAGUUAGUGAGGAGGACUCCUUGAACGGUGCUUCGUGGCGACGCACACACGGCCCGCUGCUGGCGGCCGCCACCAACGAUAUCAGACUUUAGUGACUGAAGUUUUAGAGCUAAGCUCGAGUGUUGUAUAUUGGUGAAUGUCAACGCAAGUUGUCCUCGCGGCACACACUGGAACAGCAGUAUUUGUUUGUUUUCUUGCGUGUACGUGCGGUGGCAGUGUGCGUGUACGCUGGCGGUGCAGUAUUAAAGGCCUGCAACCGAUGCCAGAUUAUGGUGCGAUUGUAAAUUAACUAGAAUAGCAUUGUAUUUAUUUCUAUAUUUUUCGAACUCCUUUUCGUCGACCUGAAGCAUGUGCCUCCCUAGUUCGUAGUGGUGCUGAAUGAACUUUGACUAGUGUAUAGCGUUAAUACUCAAAAGGUGCCAAGCGUUGUGUUGUGCUCGUCAGCGGGUGAAUGGACUCUCAUUCCUGUAGCGCAAUAAUCUUAUGAAGCUAUAUCCUAUACUAAAGAGUUAGAUAUAUUUUUGUGAUUGGUAUCACUGUCCAAUGUUGAAUCUAUCGAUACGAAGUAGAAAACGUUAGCAUAUUGUAUAUUUUAUUUUGUGUAUGUUAUUGUAAGAAAGGAUGCCAUGGUGUAAAUAGUUUUUGACUGGUCGAUAGGCGAAUUUAUUCCCAUCAAGUUCAAUAAAUUGUUUUUUUUUAUUUAAUUGCUAUUUAUAGCCAACGAAAUUGAACUUAAAAUUGUAUGAUAUUUGUAAUAUAACAUUUCACACACGACUUUCUUGUUAUCGUAGCGAAUGCACACAAACUAACAAUUUUAAAUGUUAAAUCUCUUUUAAUGGAUUGCAAUGUUUAAAGAUACAUAUUUUUCAGAUUCCAAAUUUUAUUGUUACAAUGAGCAUGUUAAAAAUUAAAUGUACUUAAAAUUGAUAUUAUUAAAGUAAUUAUUUCAUUUGUAUUUCAAAUGUAAGGAAUUAUUGUGAAUGUUUGCGACUGUACGGGUCUCACUGAGCCGCACUGAUUCUCAUUGAGCCGCACUGGGUCUCAUUGAGCCGCACUGGGUCUCGUUGAGCCGCACUGGGUCUCAUUGAGCCGCACUGGGUCUCACUGAGCCGCACUGGGCCUCACUGGGCAGGCCUACAAGGACGGCCUCUGCCGACACCAUUACUUAAGCUGUGAUUCUCUUUAUAAACUCAAAUCAUAUUUUACCUACUCUAAUAUAGAAUAGAAAGAAACAGUCAAUUGUACUGCUGUAUGCGGUAAGCAGGCAUAUUGUAUAACUAUGUUAACAUUACGUAUUAAAUAUUUCAAUUUUUUAUUAUAUAAACUUUGAAAUGGUACUUUGAAUUAAAUUCUUUGAAAAAAAAACUUUAAAUUAUAUUCUAAAUACAUUGUUGUCCUAUUUCUAUUGAGAAUUAAUUUAUAAGAGAUAUUCUUUAAGAUGAAAUAAAGUAAUGU